UCCCCAGACCGCGGCGCCGAUCCCCGGACGCGCGGCCCCCCCACCCGCGGCUCCGCGCGCCUCGCCCCGACACCACCCUCCGCGGCCCCCUCCCGACCCUCGGGCCCCUAGGACUCCCCUGAGGUCCUCCCCUUGGGAAGGGCCCCUCGCCAAGUCUCCGCCUUCCUUGUCCUCCCCCUGUCAAUGUCACUGUCCAGCGCCCGCCGCCUUAAGAACGCCACUCCACCUGGGCCUUCUUCUCCAGGGACCCCCUGGGCCCCACCCCCAGAACCUCCCACCUCUGGAAGCCCUGCGUUUGCUUUCCCCCAUCCGCUUGGCGGCUAGUCUCCACGCCCACCUGACUGGACCCGGAAGCUCCAAGAAGUUAGCAGGGGAUUUCAGCAAUUAGGGGUGGGUAUAAGGGAGAGCCUGGGCGAGGAAAAGGGGAAGGGGGAAAUGUCCAGAGGGAAUAGAGGAGGGUGCGCAGGGUAUUCGAGGAUGGAGGACGAAGGGAAGUGUUGGCAUGUAGAGCUGUGUGUUGUGUGUGUGCAUGUAUGAGGAAUAUGCAUAGGCCUUAGAGUAUGGGGUAUGGGAGAGUGGUGUGCGCGUCUGUGUUGUGUGGUGUGGGGAGCGGUAUGUAUUCCGAGAGUGCAGUGCAGUGUGUGCGGUGUCCAGAUUUGCGAUAUGGGAAGUGUGGUAUGUGUGUUAAGUGGUGUAUGUGCAGAAGGUGUGUUACCGUGAGAUGCGUGAAGAGUAUUGUAGGUGCUUAGGGGUUGUGAGUAGAGUGUGCUGGAGAACUAGCUGGAGAUUUCUCUCCGAGGAUCCAGCCACGGAGUAAGGCCCGGAUGGAGUCUUGGGGGAGAACCUCAGGUGAGUUCAGCUUUGGGUCCAGUCCCGUCUCCAGAUCUGGCAGAAAAUUUCCUCACACGCAGGUGAACAAAUUUGACCUGCGUUCGAGUGCGCUAGGGAGAGUGCUGUGGUCGCUCAAAUCCGUACUUAGACCUCUCGAGGCCUCCGGCAGCCCCGCCCUGACCCCGCAAUCCCGGGUGUGGGUGAGUCAGGCCGCCCGCGCAGCUUCCUAACCGCGGGUUGCAGAGGCUGUGCCUGAGGCUGGGGUGGAGAGAAGCGGGGUCCAGGCGUGGGGACCGGGGUGCGGUGGAGAGAACGCGCCUGCGCGUCGACCUUAUGGAAGGUUCUGGUAGGUCAAAGGCCCAGGGGCUUUCCUACUUAUUGUUAAAGACCUCCUCCCAAAACCAAGAACUGUAUUGCCUGGGGAAGCUGAGCCCCUGCGUCCGAGGCAGCACCGGGGUUCUCGCCCACCCUCCUAGAAGCCACUUGCUAGUGGGUGUAUGGAGGCCUUCCAAAGACUCCCGGACGUUUGCGUGGGUUUCAGUUCGGCCCAGAGCUUCAGAAAGAGCGAACCAGCCUCUCUGUAUUUUUAGUAGGCAGAGCAGAAUUUGAAACAGCAUCCUACCGAUCCUGCGCCUGGUAAAUGAUGACUCGCCAGAAAGCAAAGACGCAACCCUGCCUCGGUGAGCUUGGCGCGUGGCCCAGGAGGCUCCGCGAGCCUGCGUGCGUAAGGAUCGUGGCGCCCACGCUUGGGAGCAGAGCUCAGUGCAAACUUCCAAUGGUUCUUCCAGUUUCCAGGGAAACGAGAUUUGGAGCUGCUGCGUGUUGCAGAGCUCCCUCUGCUCCCCAUGCGAGAGCCUUGCAAAUGGCUGGGCUUGGAGAGGAAGGGAUUGAGGACACCUCCUCUGUGCAGGGUGAACUCUGACCUUAAGGUGGAAGAAUUGAGCGGGGCUAUGGGGAUUUCUUCUACCAUCAGAGGACUCAUUGGAAACAGUUCUCUUCUGGGUUGCUCCUCCUCUAGAUGGGCGCUGCCACCCCUCUAUCAAUCUUCACAUUUCCCAAACUCACCAUUGGGCUCUUGUACACGAUGUUCCCACUCCUGGGGCACAUUCACAUUCUAUGACGAUCCUCACCUGACACUGCUCCUCAUUUCUCAAAAUUUAUCGUCAUAUUUCUUAAUUGCCUCGGUUUUAUCGGAAACCUGUCUGAUCCAGUUUUGGCCUCUGUUUUCCGCAGACAGGCUUUUCAUGAGUGUAUCAGUGACUGCUGGAAUUGGGACUGAAACCCACGGGCUCUGUGCACAGGCUAUCGUUCUCCCGCUGCCUUCCGGACUCCAGCCCCUAUAGAGGAUCCCAUAGCACAGGAUUUCCCUGUAGUACAAAUGUGUGUUCCCUAUCAGGUGGACUGGAAACAUCAGGGUAGGAAGUCUGAAUCAGAAGAGUCACACCAAGAAACAUCAUCCUGAAGGGAUCUUCAGAAGUUGAAGUCUUGAUGAAGCUGUCCAUGCCCAGGCAUGGACCCCUCCUUGCCCUCUCUGCCUCAGAAGUCAACUGCAACACUGGAAAGCCAUUGCUCAUCCCCCCCACCCCCACCCCACGGCAGGGUACCUGAGCUUAGGAGGAGCAAGGACGUUCAGUUGGACCGACCCCAAACCCUUCCGCAGCUCCGCAAGCAAAGAGGAUCAUAUUCUGUGCUUGUGAAAUUAUCUAGUUUGGGACCUGUUUCCCCAGAAGUGAGUUGCCUUCCCUUUUCUGCGCCUAAUUCCUGAAACAGACAGGAAGCCUUGCCCCUAGCUUUAUCCCAAAUCCCAAUUUUAAAUAUCCAGUUUUUGCAGGGGAACUGUGACUGCUGAACCUCUGAGAAGAGUGAGGACGGGCCGCCUAUGAGUCAGCCGUCUCCCCUGGGCUCUCUAAUCAUCACUAAGAAAGACUUUGCUGACAUCAGUGUUUGCAGAUCCAUGCGGACCUGGAAGUGGUGAAAGCCCUGGCACAGCAGCAGGGCCACCAUGAGCCUCAGUGAGGACCAGGUACAUAGCUUCCUAGAUGGGAACCCCGCUUUUGCCCACCAAUACUUUGGGAAGAAGCUGAGCCCUGAAAAUGUGGCAGCGGCCUGUGAAGAUGGCUCUCUGGUGGACUGCAGCAGCCUGCGGGAGCUGUGCCAGGUGGAAGAGAGUGCAGCACUGUUUGAACUGGUGCAGGACAUGCAAGAGAAUGUCAAUAUGGAGCGUGUCGUCUUCAAGGUCCUGCGACGCCUCUGCACCAUCCUGCAUGCUGACCGCUGCAGCCUCUUUAUGUACCGCCAGCGCAAUGGCGUAGCCGAACUUGCCACACGGCUCUUCAGUGUGCAGCCAGAUAGCCUCCUGGAGGACUGCCUGGUGCCCCCUGACUCUGAGAUCGUAUUCCCACUGGACAUUGGGAUUGUGGGCCAUGUGGCUCAGACCAAGAAGAUGGUGAACGUGCAGGAUGUGGCAGAGUGUCCCCACUUCAGCCCCUUCGCUGAUGAGCUCACCGACUAUGUGACCAAGAAUGUUCUGUCCACACCAAUCAUGAAUGGCAAAGACGUCGUGGCUGUGAUCAUGGCUGUGAACAAGCUGGAUGGCCCAUGCUUCACAAGUGAAGACGAAGAUGUUUUCGCAAAGUACCUGAAUUUUGCUGCAUUAAACCUGAAGAUCUAUCACCUAAGCUACCUCCACAACUGUGAGACACGCAGAGGCCAGGUGCUUCUCUGGUCAGCCAAUAAGGUAUUUGAAGAGCUGACAGACAUCGAAAGGCAGUUCCAUAAGGCCUUCUACACUGUCCGGGCCUACCUAAACUGUGACCGGUACUCAGUGGGCCUCCUGGACAUGACCAAGGAUAAGGAAUUCUUUGAUGUCUGGCCAGUGCUGAUGGGGGAAGCCCAGCCAUACUCAGGCCCACGGACACCGGAUGGCCGGGAAAUUGUCUUCUACAAAGUCAUUGAUUAUAUCCUCCAUGGCAAGGAAGACAUCAAAGUCAUUCCCACACCCCCAGCCGAUCACUGGGCCCUGGCCAGUGGCCUCCCAACCUACGUAGCAGAAAGUGGCUUUAUCUGUAACAUCAUGAAUACUUCAGCCGACGAAAUGUUCAACUUUCAGCAGGGGCCCCUGGAUGAUUCUGGGUGGGUGAUCAAGAAUGUUCUCUCCAUGCCCAUCGUCAACAAGAAGGAGGAGAUAGUGGGGGUCGCGACCUUCUACAACAGGAAAGACGGGAAGCCUUUCGACGAUCAAGAUGAAGUUCUCAUGGAGUCGCUGACACAGUUCCUGGGAUGGUCAGUGCUGAAUACCGACACCUACGACAAGAUGAACAAGCUGGAGAACCGUAAGGACAUCGCCCAGGACAUGGUUCUGUACCAUGUGCGGUGCGACAAAGAUGAAAUCCAGGCAAUCUUGCCAACAAGGGAUCGCCUGGGGAAAGAGCCUGCCGACUGUGAGGAGGAUGAGCUGGGGAAAAUCUUGAAAGAAGAACUCCCAGGGCCUACCCAGUUUGACAUCUAUGAGUUCCACUUCUCCGAUCUGGAGUGUACUGAGCUGGAGCUAGUCAAAUGUGGCAUCCAGAUGUACUAUGAGCUGGGUGUAGUCCGCAAGUUCCAGAUUCCCCAGGAGGUCCUGGUGCGGUUCCUGUUCUCUGUCAGCAAAGCCUACCGGAGAAUCACCUACCAUAACUGGCGCCAUGGGUUCAAUGUCGCCCAGACCAUGUUUACACUACUCAUGACAGGCAAACUGAAGAGCUAUUACACAGACCUGGAGGCCUUUGCCAUGGUUACUGCUGGCCUGUGUCACGACAUCGACCAUCGUGGCACCAACAACCUGUACCAGAUGAAAUCCCAGAAUCCUCUAGCCAAGUUACAUGGCUCCUCAAUUCUAGAACGGCACCAUCUGGAAUUUGGGAAGUUUCUGUUGGCAGAGGAGAGCUUGAACAUCUACCAGAACCUGAACCGGCGUCAGCAUGAGCAUGUGAUCCACCUCAUGGACAUUGCCAUCAUUGCCACGGACCUGGCCCUCUACUUCAAGAAAAGAACAAUGUUCCAGAAGAUUGUGGAUGAGUCCAAGAACUAUGAAGACAAGAAGAGUUGGGUUGAGUACUUAUCCCUAGAGACAACACGAAAGGAGAUAGUCAUGGCCAUGAUGAUGACUGCAUGUGAUCUGUCUGCUAUCACCAAGCCCUGGGAAGUCCAGAGCAAGGUCGCUCUUCUGGUGGCUGCUGAGUUCUGGGAACAAGGGGACUUGGAAAGGACGGUCUUGGAUCAACAGCCUAUUCCCAUGAUGGACCGGAACAAAGCAGCUGAACUCCCCAAGCUGCAAGUUGGCUUCAUCGACUUUGUAUGUACUUUCGUGUACAAGGAAUUUUCUCGCUUUCAUGAAGAGAUCCUGCCCAUGUAUGACCGGCUGCAGAAUAACAGGAAGGAGUGGAAGGCACUGGCUGAUGAGUAUGAGGCCAAAGUCAAGGCCCUGGAGGAAGAAAAGAAGAAGGAAGAAGACAGAACAGCAGCCAAGAAAGUGGGCACAGAAAUUUGCAAUGGUGGUCCAGCACCCAAGUCCUCGACCUGCUGUAUCCUGUAAAACCUAUCUAGUGGCUGCUGGGCCCUCCUGCCACUCACCCACUGGAGACGACUCUGCAGCUUGGUAUAAGACAUUAGGAAACAGCAGAAG